AGCCGGGCCCUCCGCCGCCGCCGCCGCCGCCGCCGCCAUGCCCCAGACGGCCCCGCCGCCGCCUCCCGCCGCCGCCGCCGCACCAUGAAGCGGCAGAACGUGCGGACGCUGGCGCUCAUCAUGUGCACCUUCACCUACCUGCUGGUGGGCGCCGCCGUCUUCGACGCGUUGGAGUCGGAGGAAGAAACGGCGGAACGGCGGCGGUUGGAGGCGAAGAGCCAGGAGCUGAAGAACAAGUACAACCUCAGCGCCGAGAGCUACCGCGAACUCGAGUGGGUCGUCCUCAAGCUGAAGCCGCACAAGGCCGGCGUCCAGUGGAAAUUCGCCGGUUCCUUCUACUUCGCCAUCACCGUCAUCACUACUAUAGGUUACGGCCAUGCAGCCCCCAGCACGGAUGGGGGGAAGGUCUUCUGCAUGGUCUACGCGCUGCUGGGGAUCCCCCUCACCCUCGUCAUGUUCCAGAGCUUGGGUGAGAGGAUCAACACCUUCGUCAGGUAUCUCCUCCACCGCAUCAAGAAGUGCCUUGGCAUGAGGCGGGCGGAGGUCUCCAUGGCCAACAUGGUCACCAUCGGGUUCUUCUCCUGCAUCAGCACCCUCUGCAUCGGGGCAGCUGCCUUCUCCUACUACGAGCACUGGAGCUUCUUCCACGCCUACUACUACUGCUUCAUCACCCUCACCACCAUCGGCUUCGGGGACUACGUGGCCCUGCAGAAGGACGAAGCCCUCCAGAACAAGCCACAGUACGUGGCCUUCAGCUUCGUCUACAUCCUGACGGGGCUGACGGUCAUCGGGGCUUUCCUCAACUUGGUGGUGCUGCGUUUCAUGACCAUGAACGCCGAGGAUGAGAAGCGGGAUGCCGAGCAUCGGGCGCUGCUCACCCGCAACGGGCAAGCCAGCAGCAUCCACGCCGCGGACACCUCCUCGGCCGUGCCGGCGGCAGCGGGGGGUGGCGGGGGCGGCGGGGGCGGCUUCCGUAACGUCUACGCCGAGGUUCUCCACUUCCAAUCCAUGUGCUCGUGCCUGUGGUACAAGAGCCGGGAGAAGCUGCAGUACUCCAUCCCUAUGAUCAUCCCCAGGGACCUCUCCACCUCGGACACCUGCGUGGAGCAGAGCCACUCCUCGCCCGGCCGCUGUCCGGAAACCCCCUCCAACAGAUGCUUCUGCAACGCCCGCCGAUCGGCCAUCAGCUCCGUCUCCACCGGUCUCCACAGUCUCGCGGCUUUCCAGGGGCUCAUGAAGCGCCGCAGCUCCGUGUAGCCCCGCUCCAUCCCCACCCACGUCCCUGGACCCCCCUCGGCCCCCGCAGCUGAGGACCUGUUCUUGGUCUCGGCAGGAGGAAACUGCCCCAGG